UUCUGCCACCGCCAUGCCAUCCAGACUGAGGAAGACCCGGAAACUCCGGGGCCACGUGAUCCACGGCCAUGGCCGCAUUGGUAAACAUCGCAAGCAUCCAGGAGGAUGCGGGAACGCUGGAGGUAUGCAUCAUCAUAGGAUCAACUUCGACAAAUAUCAUCCAGGUUACUUCGGGAAAGCUGGUAUGAGGCAUUACCACUUAAAGAGGAACCAGAGCUUCUGCCCGACUGUCAACCUGGAUAAACUGUGGACGCUGGUCAGUGAGCAGACCCGGGUUAACGCAGCCAAGAACAAGACUGGAGUUGCUCCCGUCAUUGACGUCGUGCGAUCGGGCUACUACAAAGUUCUGGGCAAGGGAAAGCUCCCUAAGCAGCCUGUCAUCGUGAAAGCCAAAUUUUUCAGCAGAAGAGCUGAAGAGAAGAUAAAGGGUAUUGGAGGUGCCUGUGUUCUGGUGGUUUGA